UCCGGGGACCUGAAGCGGGGAGAGGGGCAAAGAAGCGGGUGGCAGGAAGAGACCCCGGACCCCGAUUCUUUGGGCUUUUAGAGGACAACUCACCAUCCCGGUCUGCGCCCGCUCACCUUGGGGAGUGAAGGCGGCAACCUUGGGGCAAGGGGUCUAUGUCUGGCCACUGUCCUACGCUGCGGCUGCUGCCGCCUGAGCUGCAAGCUCUCGAUUAACCGUUGCUACUGACUGUCCAGGAAGGACAUUCCCUAAGAAGGGUCAGAUUUGCGUGGUGCACUACACAGGGAUGCUCCAGAAUGGCAAGAAAUUCGAUUCGUCCAGAGACAGAAACAAACCCUUCAAGUUCAGAAUCGGCAAGCAGGAAGUCAUCAAAGGUUUUGAAGAAGGCGCUGCCCAGAUGAGCUUGGGGCAGAGGGCGAAGCUGACCUGCACCCCUGAUGUGGCAUAUGGAGCUACUGGCCACCCCGGUGUCAUCCCUCCCAAUGCCACCCUCAUCUUUGACGUGGAGCUGCUCAACUUAGAGUGAAGGCAGGAAGGAAGUCGAGGUGGCUGGAGAAGGCUCCUGCUCUGUCCUAGCCUGCUCUCUCUGCCACUGGGACGGCUCCUCCUAUGUAGGGCUCUUGAUCAGUGUGCUGACCCCACCGCCCCUCGACAUUAUCUGUUCCUUCUGCCCAACUUGCUCUGUAUGUGUCGGCCAUUUAACCGUCCCCAUACAUCUUUGCUUGAGGAAACUUUUAGUUGCAGACCCAAACAUUUCAGACUGCGUUUUGUGUGAUGCAUGUGGUAGCCAUUCCUGAUCAUAGGACACAGAUCUCGUUUGCACAAUCUAUAUUGCCUUACCUGCACUUAAGCCAGAUAUACAAGGUGCUCAGACAUGCGCUGUACAUGGUUACCUGGAGGGACUUGAGCCAGUUACCUUUGCUGUCACUUUCUUAUCUUCUGUUGGCUGCUCACUUUAAGCACUGCCCUCUUUGGAAAUACUAUGUAAAAUAAAGGCUCUGUGCUUGGCAUCUUCCUGUC